AUCGAAAUCAGUGAUACCAUUCUCACAAAUUUCGAAUUUGCGGGAGAAUUUCGUUAUCACGACGGAAUUCAUGAUAGCGUGACAUCAUCGGGACAGGGCUGCCUACUACCCUUAGCUAUGAGGUGCCAUAUUGAGGAUAAAAAAGUGCCAAAUAGAAAGAUAUAAAGAAAUUCAAACAUUAAGUGCCAUUUGAUGUAAAAUAGGGCCAAAAAUGGCACGGUUUGAGCAAAUUUGGCAGGCCUGCGUCGGGAUCUCCGUUGGAAUUGAUGAUAGGUCUGUCAGGCUGCCUCCAGUAGUGGCUGUCAAACUUUUAUACUAACCGAUUUUUUGGUCCUUACCCGGUUCCGGUAGUGCAUUUAGGUCCCAAACCGAUACACCGAUAGUUUUGGUGCCACUGACGUGUUGAAGUCAAAUGCUACAGUGGUACUAAAUUAUACAGAAUCAGCUGUUUAAUUAAAAAUAAAAAAAAGAAAUUGCAAAAAUUACGAGACUACCACAAAUGGUGAAAAAUAAUAAUUAUUGUCAUAAACAUCAAUAACUUAAAUUGUUUCGAUUUAUACCGGAAAUGCUACGCUUCCUUCACAAGUCAAGAGUGCAAUGGAUGCGCCUGUCCCGUUUUCGUUACCAUUCAACAAGCGGAAAAGGUGGUGCAGAUGCCGGUGAAUCUGCGCGGAAACAACGACUGAAGUCUACUCUUUACUACUUGACCGCUGGUGGCAUAUUUGCUGCAGGUGCUAGCUAUGCUGCAGUGCCUCUUUAUCGCAUGUUCUGUCAGGCCUACAGUUACGGCGGCACAACAACACAGGGGCACGAUGCGGAUAAAGUAGAGACAAUGCAAAAAAUUGAAGAUCGUAUACUAAAAAUACGUUUCAAUGCAGAUAUAGCAGCGUCGAUGCGCUGGAAUUUCAAGCCACAACAAUAUGAAAUUAAAGUUGUGCCUGGCGAAACGGCGUUGGCUUUCUACACAGCUCGUAAUCCAACGGAUCACCCNAUUUUGUUUUAA